CGGGACAUUGCCACUAGAUAACUGCGCGUGAGCACUCCCAAAGAUGGAAUAACAGCAGUGUUACCGUUUCUUCCCACUGUCUCUAAAUGACUUGAACGCAGCACACCAUGGUAACCGCGCGACGCUCCGCUAAGCUGGAACAUGGCGCGCUGCUUGCUGCUCGACUAGCCAGCCGGCUGACGUCCAUAGCUGCUUUAUAAGCUACGUCUCGCGCUCUUUUACUUCCCCGACAGCUACUCGGUGUCUGUGUGUUGUCUGUUAACCCCGCCAGUGCUCCGGGCGCACCCGCUCAGUUAGACUAACGCACCCCUAGCCUGCCCGUUAGCUAGCCGGCUAGCUGACACCUGAAGCUGCUGCUCCGGCUCCAUGGCGUUCUACGACGUGUACUCGCACCCGGCGCUGGUCCGCUACAAGACGAGUGUCUGCACGAAGGCCACGCUGUUCGCCUGCGUCGUGCUGAGCCUCACCUACGUCUCCCCGCUGCUCGUCGCCUACCGGAGCCACGGGUUCUGGGUCCAAAGGAGCAGCUACGAGGAGCAGCCGGUCGUGAGGUUCCAGUACCAGAUUCUGCUGGUGGCGGCCACCAGUACCCGGGGGGACCACGUCGCCUGGAGCACCUUCCCCCACCUCAACAACAUGCUGGGGGCCAACCUCCGGAUCCCGUCUGUCUCCGUGAGGGAAGAGGACCAGAACCAGGAUGGGAAGGCGGACCUGCUGUUCUUCCAGCUGCAGCUGCCCCUGAAGGCAGAGGAGCAGGUGUACAGCGUCCAGCUGCUGCUCACCUUCAGCUACAAGCUGUUCCGGAUGUCCACGGUGGUGAUGCAGAGCCUGGCCUACGUGCAGCACUCCUCUCCCGUCCCCGGAGCCACGCUGUGGGUCAGCGGGGACCUGAGGCUGCAGCAGAGGGGGCCCCUGCCCCACCGGGGGCUGCACGACAUCUACAACGGGCGACUCCUCUGGUUGUAUAGAAGUCCAUGCUUCAUCGUAAUGACGGUAAACAGAGCUCGUUCGCCGAGCUUCGUUAAAGACUGCUCGGCCGAUACCAUAUUUGACUUUUUAGUUAAAUCCUGUGAUUUGUUGACGUCUGGAUGUCAGGAGCCUCCAGGAGCCUCUCAGGAGCCUCCAGGUGUUUGCUCCCUCCAGGUGUCGGUGAUCGACGGCUCCAGCCCGUUUGCCAGCGCGUACGACCUUGGCAACAUCAUCCGGAGCUACCAGGAAAGAAACUUGACCACGGUGCUGUCCUGCCCCAUGCCGGUCUGGACCGUGGGCCGCGCUGCUGGUUCUCCCUUCCAGCUCAACGCUGAGAUCCGCUACCCGCUGGAGGUCAUCAGAUAUCCUUUCAGAAAUGCAGACGGUGUUCUUAUUCUUUUACAUUCUUGUGUAUUGUUGAUGACUCACUAUACUGUAGUAUUGUGUGCAUUGAUGUUCUGUUUUUGUCAAUAACCACAACCUUUUUUGAUGAAGACACAUUUUAAUUAUCAUCAGUUCAUGCACCUCAUAGUUGUUACCUUCGCAUUGAAAAUGUGGAAGGUAAUGUUUUGAUCGCCGUGUAUUUAUUUAUUUAUUUGUAUGCGUGUUACUCGCAUAACUCAAAAAGUAUUAAACCGAAUCGCAUGAAA